GAAAGCGAGACGAAGUCUCAUCCUGUGCUCAGCAGCUUUUCUUUUCCCCCAUCUCUUUCUUUCUCCCCCUCUCUCUCUCGCAGCUUCGGUCCCCUGCACUCUCGCAGCAUCCUUGAGACGGGGUUCCAAACCCUAGACCACGUCUACCCCGGCGAAUCCUGAAAUUUCCCUCCUAAAAUCCGCAAAUUCCUCCUCCAAAUCUGUCCACCACCAGCUUUCCCUCCCUUCUCUAGCUCCAAUUCGAUCUUUUCCCCCUUUCUUUCAACCAAGAUUUUGAUUUCACGCGGUCUCUGUCAGUUUCCCGGGUGAAUACGAGUUGAAAUGUCGUCGCUGAGCCGGGAGCUGGUGUUCCUCAUCCUCCAGUUCCUGGAUGAGGAGAAGUUCAAGGAAUCCGUCCACAAGCUCGAGCAGGAGUCGGGCUUCUUCUUUAAUAUGAAGUACUUCGAGGAGAAGGCGCUUGCUGGAGAGUGGGACGAGGUGGAGACGUAUCUCUCCGGGUUCACAAAGGUGGAUGAUAAUAGAUACUCUAUGAAGAUUUUCUUCGAGAUCAGGAAACAGAAAUAUCUGGAGGCUCUAGACAGGCAUGAUAGGGCAAAAGCAGUUGAGAUACUGGUCAAGGAUCUUAAGGUCUUCUCGACGUUCAAUGAAGAGUUGUAUAAAGAAAUUACUCAGCUUCUCACACUCGACAACUUUAGGGAAAAUGAACAGUUGUCUAAAUAUGGUGACACCAAAUCUGCAAGAAGCAUCAUGCUGAUUGAGCUCAAAAAGCUGAUUGAAGCAAAUCCUCUCUUUCGAGAGAAGCUAGUUUUCCCCACUCUCAAAGCCUCGCGUUUGCGAACUCUAAUUAACCAAAGUUUGAACUGGCAACAUCAGCUCUGCAAGAAUCCAAGACCCAAUCCUGACAUCAAGACCUUGUUCACAGAUCAUACUUGUGCUCCUCCAAAUGGAGCUCGUGCUUCACCAGUCUCUGUUCCACUUGCAGCUGUUCCAAAAGCUGCUGCCACAUAUACACCACUUGGGGCUCAUGCACAAUUCCCACCUCCUGCGGCAGCUGCAAAUGCAAAUGCUUUGGCUGGUUGGAUGGCUAACGCGGCUGCUUCAUCAUCUGUUCAGUCUGCUGUUGUUACAGCAUCAUCAAUACCUGUUCCACCAAAUCAAGCAGUUUCCAUUUUGAAACGCCCACGAACUCCUCCAAAUGCACUCAGUAUGACAGACUAUCAGAAUGCUGAAUCUGAACAGGUAAUGAAACGUUUGAGGCCUGGUGUGCAUCCCGUGGAUGAGGUCACAUAUCCUGUACCCCAUCCACAAGUUGCAUGGUCACUGGAUGACCUGCCAAGAAUGGUAGUUUGUACAUUGAUACAAGGAUCCAACGUGACUAGCAUGGACUUCCAUCCUACCCAUCAAACUCUACUUCUUGUGGGUUCUGGAAAUGGUGAGGUUACACUUUGGGAAGUUGGUUUACGAGAGAGAUUGGUGUCAAAGCCAUUCAAAAUAUGGGAUAUGACAGCUCUUUCAUCGCAGUUUCAGAGUGCCAUUGUGAAAGACUCUUCUAUCUCCAUUACUCGAGUUACUUGGAGUCCAGAUGGAAGUUUGAUAGGGGUUGCAUUUACAAAACACUUGGUUCACCUCCAUGCAUAUCAGGCACCUAAUGAUCUACGCGAAGUUUUAGAGAUUGGCGCACAUGUUGGAGGAGUCAAUGACAUUGCAUUCUCUCGUCCAAACAAACAAUUAUGUGUGGUGACUUGCGGAGAUGAUAAGCUGAUAAAGGUCUGGGAUCUGAAUGGACAAAGGCUUUAUGCCUUUGAGGGGCAUGAGGCACCUGUAUAUUCUGUAUGCCCCCACCACAAGGAGAACAUUCAGUUCAUCUUCUCAACUUCUUUAGAUGGGAAAAUAAAGGCAUGGCUAUAUGAUAACAUGGGCUCUAGAGUUGAUUAUGAUGCUCCUGGGCGUUGGUGUACUACAAUGCUCUAUAGUGCAGAUGGGAGUAGAUUAUUCUCAUGUGGAACUAGUAAAGAUGGGGAUUCUCACCUGGUUGAGUGGAAUGAAAGUGAAGGAGCAAUAAAGAGGACAUAUUCUGGGUUCCGGAAAAAAUCGAUAGGUGUUGUGCAGUUUGAUACUUGCCAGAAUCACUUUUUGGCUGCCGGUGAAGAUAACCAGAUAAAAUUUUGGGAUGUGGACAAUGUUAACAUGCUUACAAGCACAGAUGCUGACGGUGGACUCCCGAGUUUUCCACGUCUGAGAUUCAACAGGGAAGGAAAUCUUCUUGCUGUUAAUACAGUUGAUAAUGGUUUUAAGAUACUUGCUAAUGUGGAUGGCCUUAAAUCCCUGCGAGCUUUUGGAAACCGACCUUAUGAAGCAUUUAGAGCUCAACAUGAAGUUACUCCUAUAAAGGUUUCAGGAACCCCUGUGGUUGCAAGCAUCUCUCCGAACAUCAGCAGAGUCGAUCGAUUGGACAGAAACUCUCCUGCAAGGCCAUCUUCUAUCCUUAAUGGAGGUGAUCCAUCAUCUAGGAGUAUAGAUAAGCCAAGAAUUUCAGAAGAAUUGCCCGACAAGACUAAGCCUUGGGAAUUGGCUGAAAUUUUAAAUCCACAACAAUGUCGAGUUGUUACCAUGCCAGAGAGCACAGAUUCUGCCAGCAAGGUUGCAAGGCUACUUUACACAAACUCUGGGGUUGGCUUGUUAGCAUUAGGGUCAAAUGCUGUUCAGAGGUUGUGGAAGUGGAGCCGUAGUGAACAGAAUCCAAGUGGCAAGGCCACGGCCAGUGUUGUGCCACAGCAUUGGCAACCAAACAGUGGUCUUCUUAUGACUAAUGAUGUGUCAGAUACAAACCCUGAAGAAGCAGUACCUUGUAUUGCACUCUCAAAAAAUGAUUCAUAUGUAAUGUCUGCAUGCGGUGGGAAGGUUUCAUUAUUUAACAUGAUGACAUUUAAGGUAAUGACAACAUUCAUGCCACCCCCACCAGCAUCAACAUAUUUAGCAUUCCACCCACAGGACAAUAACAUUAUAGCAAUUGGAAUGGAAGAUUCAACAAUCCACAUAUACAAUGUGAGAGUGGAUGAGGUUAAAACAAAGCUGAAAGGUCAUCAGAAACGCAUAACUGGUUUAGCAUUCUCCAACAAUCUCAAUAUACUCGUGUCAUCAGGUGCUGAUGCACAGCUUUCCGUGUGGAACACUGAGACAUGGGAGAAAAAGAAAUCUGUAACCAUCCAACUUCCUCCUGGGAAGGCACCAGCUGGCGAUACGCGUGUCCAGUUCAAUUCUGACCAGAGUCGACUAUUGGUAGCCCAUGAAACACAUCUAGCAAUAUAUGAUGCAUCCAAAAUUGAGCGUGUUCAUCAGUGGGUUCCCAGGGAAAGUCUUUCUGCCCCUAUAUCAUAUGCAUCCUACUCAUGCAACAGCCAGCUGGUCUAUGCUACUUUUUGCGAUGGUAACAUUGGUGUUUUUGAUGCUGAUAACUUGAGAUUAAGAUGUCGAAUUGCCCCAUUGGCAUACAUGUCUCCAGCAUCUGCAAACAGCAACCCGCCAGUGUAUCCUCUUGUUAUUGCUGCACACCCACAAGAGCCAAAUCAAUUGGCAGUUGGGUUGACGGAUGGAGCAGUUAAAGUGAUAGAGCCCUCGGAGUCCGAGGGUAAGUGGGGAGCUCCAGUACCUGUUGAAAAUGGCGUACCUAACGGUAGGACACCAGCAUCAUCAGCUACAAGCAAUCCAGCUGCAGACCAGCUCCAAAGGUGACGGUGAUGGCUCCAUGUUUGUAAAUGUUCUAAUCUGAUAUUGACCUAUCUGUGUUUAUGUUGUAUUGAUUUGUAGGCUUGCCUUUAUUUAUCUCAAGAUAACGUUCUAUACCAUUAUAUGUGCCUGUUCAAAGGUGACCAUAAAAAAACAAUAAGAACAAUGUAAGUUUGUGCAUGUUAUAAAUGGUGAAUUCUGAUCUGAUAUUUACA